AUGUCGACUGACUUCAACUCGCCUCACUCCCCUCCUGGUCUCACCCACGCUCGCCGGGAGAGAGGAGGCGGCAGUUGGGGCCCGCAGGAGCCAGUGGCCGUCUCGCCACACUCCCUCCUGCUGCAGCCGCUCCUGAUCCAGCCGCGCCCGCCCGUUCCAGAUGGCAGCAGCCGGCGGCGCCUCGGGCAGGAGCAUCCUCUGCCUUCCAUUCCUCUGCUCCGUCCUGGUGAGUACCUACUCGCCCUGACGGCUGCCUCCCGCACCCCCAAUUUGGGGAGGGGGAAGGUUCUGAGUUCAUUUUGUGAAGCAUGCAAGAAAGUUGUUCUGAAGGUGCCUUCUCAUCUUCAGGCCGGGACACUCGUAGGCAAAGUUGAUCUGGACGAGUGCCUCACCUCAGCCAACAUCAUCCUUUCAAAUGAUCCUGAUUUCAGAGUGCUGGAAGACGGAUCUGUGUAUGCAACAAAUACCAUCAGAUUGUCUUCUGAACAAAAGGCUUUCACCAUAUUGCUUUCAGACACCCAGAAAUCAGAACAAAAAGAGCUGGAGAUCUUACUAUUACCCCAGGGGGAAAAGACACGUAUAAAGAGGCAAGCGAAGAAUACAGUCCUCAAACGCACCAAGAGAAAAUGGGCUCCUAUUCCUUGUUCCUUGAUGGAGAACUCCUUGGGACCAUUUCCGCAGCAAAUUCAACAGAUCCAGUCUGAUGCAGCCCAGAAUUACACCAUCUAUUACUCCAUCGGUGGUCCUGGGGUCGAUAAGGAACCCUUCAACUUAUUUUACAUUGAGAGAGACACAGGGGAUAUCUACUGUACCCGUUCGGUGGACCGUGAGCAGUAUGAGAGCUUUCAGAUCAUUGGCUAUGCAACAACUCCAGAUGGAUACACACCUGAGCAUCCAUUACCACUGCUAAUCAAAGUUGAGGAUGAUAAUGAUAAUGCCCCCUAUUUUGAAAACCAAGUCAAUAGUUACAGUGUGAUGGAAAACUGCAGAGUGGGUAUGACAGUGGGACAGGUGACCGCCAAAGACAAGGAUGAACCGCACACCUUGCACACCCGCCUGAAAUAUACAAUUUUGAAACAGAUUCCAGAUACCCACCGAGCAUUUACCAUCCAUCCAGAAUCGGGUGUGAUCACCACCACAACUAAUCUUCUGGAUAGAGAGGAAUGUCAUACUUAUCAACUGAUAGUUCAAGCACAAGAUAUGGGAGGCCAGCCAUUUGGUCUACGCGGCACAGGAACGGUGACUAUAACUCUUGAAGAUGAAAAUGACAAUUCCCCUGUUUUCACCCAGGCUUCAUACAUUGCCCAAGUGGAAGAAAACACAGUCAACGUUGAAAUUUUGCGACUGAGGGUAGAAGACAAAGAUAUACCCAAUAGCCCUCACUCCAGGGCUAAUUACACUAUCCUGAAGGGAAAUGAAAAUGGGAAUUUCAGAAUUACAACAGAUCCAAGAACCAAUGAAGGUGUCUUGUGUGUUGUCAAGGCGCUGAACUAUGAAGAAAUUCGUCAGAUGCUUUUGGUAAUUGGAGUGGUUAAUGAAGCUCGAUUCUCCAAAGGAGGAAAUUCAAGGGGAGUUACCAUGUGCACAACCGAAGUCACAGUCAAUGUAAGAGAUCAAGAUGAGGGACCGGAAUGCAAUCCUCCAAUAAAGGUUAUACAGAGUAAGGACGGCCUGAAAGUUGGGUCGGAGAUCUUUGGAUAUCAAGCGGUGGAUCCAGAAACGGGAAAUAGUGAAGGCUUAAGGUACCAGAAGCUGUCAGAUAAGGAUAAUUGGUUUGAAAUUAAUGAAUCAACAGGGACUUUGAGAACAGUGAAAGAACUGGACAGAGAGUCAAAAUUUGUGAAAAACAACCAAUACAACGUGACAGUGAGCGCAAGAGAUGCGGUUGGCAGAACAUGCACCGGUACCUUAGUGGUUCUUAUGGAAGAUAUUAAUGACAACGCGCCAAGAAUUAUUCAAAAUGAUGUGAUCAUUUGCCAUCCAGCAAAUGAUUUUGUUGAACUUAAAGCAGUAGACUUUGAUGAGCCUGAAAAUGGUCCACCUUUCAGCUUUGCUUUGGAUAAUUCUGCGAUCAAAUUCUGGACCAUUGAAAAAAAGACUGAUACAACUGCACAGCUUCAUCUCCGGGAAACUCUCAAGUAUGACAAUUAUUCGGUACCUAUAAUGGUAACAGAUCGGCACGGUCAUGGUAAAAUGACACCCUUGAAAGUCAGAGUAUGUCAGUGUACUGUUCCUUCUGAAUGUCCCAGAGGAGUUCAGAAAGGCAGCUCCUCAUCAGACAUAAGGCUUGGAAGAUGGGCCAUCCUUGCAAUAGUCUUGGGUUCUGCUUUGCUGCUGUGUGUCCUGCUUACGUGUGUUUGUGCAACGGCAAAAAGAACGGUACAAAAAUGUUUCCCUGAAGAUAUAGCUCAGCAGAACUUGAUUAUAUCAAACACAGAAGGCCCAGGAGAAGAAGUCAUGGAUGCAAACAUCAGGCUCCCAAACCAAUCUAUUAGCAUUUGUGACCCAGUCUGUGUUGGUACACUGGGAGGACAGGGAAUAAAAACUGGGGGACACCAGAACUUUGAAAUGGUCAAAGGAGGUGGGCAUCACACCUUGGAAUCUUGCAAGGGAGGAGGGCAGUCCAUGAUGGAUACCGGCCGAUACGCCUACACUGAUUGGCACUGUUUCACACAACCUCGUCUUGGUGAAAAGGUGUAUCUGUGUGGGCAAGAUGAAGAGCAUAAGCAUUCUGAAGACUACGUCCUUUCAUAUAACUAUGAAGGAAAAGGAUCGGCUGCUGGUUCAGUAGGCUGUUGCAGUGAUCAACAGGAAGAAGAGGGACUUGAAUUUUUAGUACACCUGGAGCCCAAAUUCAAAACAUUAGCAAAGACUUGUUUAAAACAAUAAAUGUGCCUUUAGAGUGCUGAAAAGCCAUAGGCAGCUUAGUCAGAUUUUUUUUCAGACCGUGCAUAGGUUGAUUCUUUGAAAACUGGAUUUUGGCAUGUCUGCAUUUUUUUCUUUCUAAGGGGUUGAAUUGAUUGGUUUACUGCAUACAUAACUAAGGGAUUUACGAGUAUGCAGAGCCCUCAGGGAUUGUAUAUUGCCUAUUUUACAUAACAUGGGGACCUAAAGAUGUUUUAUAUAUGUUUCUAAAUCACAACUGAUUUAUUGUGGAAUGCAUGUUUUCUUCCCUUAUUGUGCCUUUAUUGCAAAGGAUGCAAAGAGACAUUCAUUCUGGACCACAUUAUUUACUUCUGCCUGCUCUGAAGCUGCUUUGAGGUUAGUGGGUGCAGUGUGUGCUUGGGAGAUCUGUGGAGUUAGCAUGGGAUGGAGCUAACGAGAAUGUGGUCUCUAAUCUUAAUAAUUCAACUCAAACAAUUUCCAAUCUUUACCUUGGAGAGAUGCAGGAUGUUUAAAGACUCUUUUUUUUUUGUACAAGAGAAUGCAUUCCCCUUUGGUUUUGUGACUACCAAUGUUCAUGAUAAAUGUCCAUAUACCUUCUGUAGAUCUGUAGUUGUAUGACUUGGUAAACAAAGGUCUAGCUUCUUGCAGAUCUGAAUCUCCUCUGAAUCCCCAGCAAUGGAAACUAGGCCUGCGCUGACUGCUGUUUUCAAUGCUGUUUCAAAAGAAAAAAGAAAAACUCAGAAAUAAAAAUGUACAUAUGUAAUAUAGUUGGAAUGAAAGUUCUUUCUAAAAUAUCUCUCCAGGAUCUAGGUUAUUGAUAUUAAUACCUGCUAAUAAAUGUAAGUAUGAGUCCUGAAAGCUAGAGGGUUACCAAGUGCAAAUGUCUACG